AUGUCUGAGCAGGAGUCCCUGCGCUCCAGCGCCAGGAACCGGGGAGGCGUACAGCGAGUGGAAGGAAAGCUCCGGGCGAGCGUAGAAAAGGGGGAUUAUUAUGAAGCACAUCAGAUGUACAGGACGCUGUUCUUCAGGUACAUGUCACAGGCUAAACAUGCAGAGGCCAAAGAGCUCAUGUACAACGGUGCUCUGCUCUUCUUCAGCUAUAACCAGCAAAACAGUGCUGCAGACUUGUCAAUGCUCGUUCUAGAAGUAUUGGAGAAAUCAGAGUCAAAAGUGGAAAAUGACAUUUUGGAACAACUGGCGAAGCUGUUCAGUCUGAUGGAUCCAAACUCACCAGAGAGGGUUGCGUUUGUAUCCAGAGCACUAAAAUGGUCCACAGGAGGCUCAGGAAAGUUGGGUCACCCGAAGCUCCAUCAACUUUUGGCUGUCACUUUGUGGAAAGAACAAAACUACAGCGAGUCUCGUUAUCACUUCUUGCAUUCGUCUGACGGAGAGGGGUGUGCCCUGAUGCUGGUGGAGUACUCCGCCUCCAGAGGGUUUCGUAGUGAGGUGGACAUGUUUGUGGCGCAGGCCGUCCUACAGUUCCUCUGCUUGAAGAAUAAAAACAGUGCUUCAGUGGUGUUCAGCACAUACACAGAGAAACACCCGUCCAUAGAAAAAGGGCCCCCGUUCAUGCAGCCUCUACUAAACUUUAUUUGGUUUCUGCUGCUGGCAGUGGAAGGGGGUAAAUUAACAGUUUUCACAGUGUUAUGUGAGCAAUAUCAGCCUUCCCUGAAGAGGGAUCCCAUGUAUAAUGAAUAUCUUGACAGAAUAGGACAAGUAUUUUUUGGAGUCCCACCAAAACAGUCUCCAUCAUAUGGUGGUUUGCUAGGAAAUCUGCUGAAUAGCCUGAUGGGAUCUGGAGAGGAGGACGAGGUGGCUGACGAAGCACAGGAAGACAGUAGCCCCAUAGAAUUGGACUGA